AUGGCUGUUUGGCAGAAUAAGUGGCGCUGGGACACGGGGUACAGCGCCGACUCUGUAGAGUGGUGUCCCGUAGAAUCAUACCGAGACGUGCUCGUCUGCGGAACUUACCAGUUAGACAAUACAGCUGAAGGCAACACGGCAUCGAAACAAACGAGAUUAGGCAAAAUAUAUUUAUUUGUUAUAAACGAGAACACUGAAGUGUUGGCCCCUGUUCAUUCAAUUGACACCGCAGGGAUAUUGGACCAGAAAUGGUGCUACCACAACCUACAAAACCGCCCGACACUUGCCGUUGUAACAUCCGUUGGUACUCUGCAACUUUACCAGUUGACCAAUGAAGACGGAGUAUUACAGUUGGCGUUAUGGUUAGAGCACACGAUUUGUGAGAAUGGGUUAGCUCUCUCCGUUGAUUGGUCGACUAAUAAAAAGUAUUCAGAUGAACCUUAUCUGGCAGUCAGUGAUUCUGCCGGUUGUAUUCAUAUUUUAAGAAUAGUAGAAAAUUGUGUUAAAGCCGUAGGUAAAUGGAAGAGCCAUAGUUUCGAGGCUUGGAUCACAGCAUUUAAUUACUGGAACUCUGACGUAUUUUAUUCAGGGGGCGAUGAUUGUGUAUUCAAGAGUUAUGACGUUCGAGUCCCUGAUGUUUCCACGAUUGUGAACAAGAAGCACGAGGCUGGCGUCACCUCGAUAAGGAGCCAUAUUGACGAGGAGUAUCAGCUACUGACUGGCAGUUACGAUGAAAAAGUUCGUCUCUGGGACACGAGGAGUUUAAAAUGCAGCGUGCGAGAGCUGGAUGUCAAUGGUGGCGUGUGGCGAUUAAAAUGGCAUCCAAGCAAGCCAUGCACUGUCCUAGCGGCCUGCAUGUACGGCGGGUUCCGUAUACUACGCGUCAACGACGAAAUAGAGAUCCUUAGCGAGUAUUUAGAACACGAGAGCAUCGCAUACGGAGCUGAUUGGAAGUGCAAUAGUGACCUUGUAGCUACUUGCUCAUUUUACGACUGUAAAAUGCAUGUCAGCCAAAUUAUCAUGUAA